GCGCGGGCGCUUCCGGGUACGUGUGUGAGGGAGCGAUGGCGGCCGGGAGCGGAGCGGCGCCGGGCGGGGACGCGGACGAGCUCUUCGACCUCCGCAACAACUUCUACAUCGGCGCCUUCCAGGCCGCCAUCAACGAGGCGCAGCGCGCCAAGCCGUCCAGCCCCGAGAAGGAGGUGGAGAGGGACGUGUUCCUGUUCCGAGCCUACAUCGCCCAGAGGAAAUAUGGAGUGGUCCUGGAUGAGAUCAAAGGCAGUGCCAGCCCCGAGCUCCAGGCAGUGAGGAUGUUGGCAGAGUACCUGGCAAAUGAGAGCCAGAGGGAUGCCAUCGUGGCUGACCUGGACAAGAAGAUGGCCAAGAGUGUGGACGUGGCCAACACCACGUUCCUGCUCGUGGCCGCCUCCAUCUACUGCCACGAGCAGAACCCCGACGCGGCCCUGAGGGCCCUGCACCAGGGGGAGAGCCUGGAAUGCAUGGCCAUGAUGAUCCAGAUCCUCCUGAAGCUCGACAGGCUCGACCUGGCCCGGAAGGAGCUGAAGAAGAUGCAGGAGCAGGAUGAGGAUGCAACUCUGACCCAGCUGGCGACUGCCUGGGUGAACCUGGCCGUGGGUGGGGAGAAGCUCCAAGAUGCUUAUUACAUUUUCCAAGAGAUGGCAGACAAGUGUUCCCCCACCCUCCUGCUGCUGAACGGGCAGGCUGCCUGUUACAUGGCCCAGGGGAAGUGGGAGGACGCCGAGGGAGUUCUCCAGGAGGCUCUGGACAAGGACAGUGGCCACCCUGAGACCCUCCUGAACCUCGUGGUGCUCUCACAGCACCUGGGAAAGGCUCCGGAGGUCACGAAUCGUUACCUGUCCCAGCUGAAAGAUGCUCACAAAAACCACCCCUUCAUCAAGGAGUAUCAGGCAAAGGAGAACGACUUCGACCGGCUGGCCCUGCAGUACGCACCCAGUGCCUGAGGGACCAGGCUGUGCCCACCCCUGGGCACUGGGCUUCCUGUUCAAAUCCUCCCUGGGACACGGAAAAUGCCCUCUGGAACAUGGAAAAUGCCCUCUGCAGAUCAGCCUGGCCUCACCUCACCCUGGUGCUCCAGCAGGGGUGGGGCUGUGCCUGUGUCCAGCACCUGAAUUUUGGGGGCUCAAAGCCUCCCCCGGGCCCUGAACUCUGGG